AUGCCUCCCAAACCUUCCACCCGUAAGGGCGUCAAGAAGGAAAUGCCUAAGACGGAGCCCUCUACUGGAACCCAUUCCCCAAGUGAGUACUGGAAUCAGCUUACAGACCUUCAACUGGCUUUCUUCGAUGAUGCUACACAAUUCAGGGUUUCUAAUCCUUACGUCUUUGGUACAGAGAUCAAAGCUGAGGUGUCUUCUCCCACUCCCGCUUUUUUCGCCAAUGAUGGGAACGAGAAGUCUCCCGCUAUCCCCGCCAAUGAUACAACGAACUUGAAUACAAGGAACACAAAAAAGUCGUCCCCUCUCAGUGUCAAAAUGGAGGAUAUCCCCGAGGCCAAUCCGAGGAUCCAGCGACCGAGCAAUCCCGUCUCCAGCACAUUCUCUGACAACCUGGGCCACUUGAUCUUCACACGCGGUGUCCCCGACAGCGACGAUGAUAUCUCAUCGGUACCCUCGCUAGUUGAAAACAUAGCCGAGCAAGCCAGGACCGCGAAGCAUGUGGGGUUCUUCAUGAACACUUCCCACAACAAACACUUCAUCCCCAUUGAAGUACCCUCCCUCCUUGGAAACGAGAACUGGGAAUACUGGUUGGCCGCCAUGCUCUUACUCUUCCGCCAACACUCGGUGUGGCCUAUUGUGACUGCGGAGCUUCAGCCACUAUCCCCUAGUCACAAUCUGUACCUAUGGUACCAGCGCAUGCGCGAUUGUGCAAUCGAGCUAAUAUAUGCCAACGUCUCCGAGGAGGUUCGCAAGACUCCUUGUUUCAUCAGCACCGUGCACGACGAUGAUCCGAAUGUUUUGAUGCGCCACCUGUACGCUCACUAUGCCUCACCUGAUUCGGAUCACUCUGAUGACGAGUCUGAGCUUGAUUAG